UUCAAUGUAUUUGAAGAAAAAUCAAUAGGUAUCUUCUGCAACUGAUGGAAUUUGUGCAUCUGCCAGGCAGACGACACACGGCAGACGACUUUCAUGACGUCACGUGAAUUAUCCGAUGUGUAUUGAACAUAUUUGGUAAACGAUGGGUCAAGGCUUGGACAUCCCCAAAAGUGGACAAGACAAAUUCUUUAUAUUGUAAGAAAAAUACUGUCUGAUGAAACUUCCGAAUAGAUAGGAUCUGAUUCCGAUGAUGCAUUUACUUCGAAGUAAGCUUUUAGGUGAAUCGUCUACUCGGAAGGUCGCAAUGGAACGACAGAAACUGAUUCGAAGGGUGGGCAAACGUGGGAAAUGUAAAGGACAGUUUAUGAAUCCUUGUGGUGUAGCAAUCUCCAAAGCAGGUGACAUCAUAAUUGCGGAUACGGAAAAUCACAGAAUACAAAUUUUUACUACAGAAGGCGUCUUUAAAUCAAAGUUUGGGUGUAAAGGAUGCAAACCCGAUCAAAUUCAUUACCCGGUCAGUGUUGUCAUGACAAAAGACGACCACGUAGCAAUAACAGAUAGUGUAAACGCAUGCGUGAAGAUAUUUUCAUUGGAUGGUCAGCUUGUUCAGUUAUUAGGUUCAAGUGACGUGCUAGAAAUUCCAUACGGUAUAUGCCAAACGCAUGACGAUCAUUUCAUUGUGACGGAUAUAUGCAAACAUUCACUUGUAAUUUUUGAUAAAGAGGGGAAUAUGUGCAGGACGUUCGGACAAUACGGCAGCGAACCACGCGAAUUUGAUCAUCCAUAUUUUGUUGCUGUUGAUACAGACAAACAGAUUUAUGUAUCCGAUUCUGGAAAUAGCAGCAUUAAACUUUUCACUUUUGAGGGAAAACUUCUAAGGUGUUACUCACAAACAGACUUUAAACUAAAUAGUGAGGUCUUUUUUACUUUAAACGGGAUAUGCAUAGACGGCGAGGGAAAUGUUCUUGUGACUUGCAAUUCUGGAAUUUAUAUUCUACUUAAAAAUGGACGUUUGUGGGAAGUUUUAACAGCGGAUGAAGGAAUAACAUGCCCGAAAUGCAUUACGGUCAGCUUAUGUGGUAAAAUCAUUGUAACUCAAAAUAAUGGAGAGAACAUAAACGAAUUUUGUAUCUUCCGUUAUAAUCCGGAACAUUUCCGGUCAUUGAAUUCUGCUCAAUUCUAUGCAAUCAAUAUAUAGCUAUUUGCAAUAAAUCAUUUAUAAAA